CACCUACCUGCAGGUUGGCUGACUAAAGGUUCCUUUCUCUGGCUGCUCUGACCCCAUCAAUUGGACAGCCCCAACAGGACCCCACAGGAUCUCUGAGAGCAUGAUGACUCCAAGAAAUUCAGUCAGUGGAGCAUUCCUGGCUGAUUCCAUAAAGGGCCCCAGCACCGUACAGCUGGGCCAAAAGACAGUCCUCAGGAGAGGGUCCCAGUUACAAAGUCCCACCUUGAAAAGCUUCUUCAGGAGAGAGUCCAAAGCCCUCGGGGCUGUCCAGAUCAUGAUUGGCCUGUUCCACUUCGGACUAGGUGGAGUUCUGCUGAUGGUACCUAUGAGCACAUAUGCCCCAAUCUGUGUGACAGUGUGGUACCCUUUCUGGGGAGGCAUUAUCUAUAUCACCUCUGGCUCAUUCUUGGUGGCAGCAGAGAACACCUCCAGAAGUUGCCUGGUAAACACGAGGCUUGGAAUGAAUGCAAUCAGCCUGUUCUCUUCCAUCUCUGGGGUGAUUCUUUUGAUCAUGGACAUAUUUAAUCUCACUGUUUCUCAUUUUCUAAAACUCCAAAGUCUCAAUCUUGGUCAGAUGACCAAACCAUACAUCAAUAUAUACAACUGUCAGCAAAAUGACCCACUGGAGCAAAGCACUCCCGUGCAGCAGCAGUACUGCCUCACUGUGAAGUCCCUCUUCUUGGGAAUUUUGGCUGUCAUGCUGAUUUUCACUUUUCUCCAGAACUUCCUGGUAGCAUGCAUCGCAGAGGAUGAAUGGAAAACUCUGUGUUCUGGUGCCCGAACAAGCGUGCUGCUCCUGUCUGCAGAAGAAAGGAAAGAGCAGACAGUACAGUUAACUAUGGAGCCCUCUCAACCAAAGGGUGAGGAAGAUAUGGAAACUUUCCCUGCUCAAGAAGAGGACAAAGAAACGAGCUUCCCAGAUCCCCCCCAGGAAAGCUCACCCACAGAAGAGGGAGGCUCCCCCUGAGUGUUAUUUGGCUCUCCUGCCCUCCCUGCCACUCUCUUCUACAUCUGUCCCACUCUUCCCUGCCCCUUCCUCUAGCUCUCGUAUGUGUAGGAACUCAAAUGCUUUUCCAUUUCCCAGCAUGUGGGAGAUUGUAGCAAAAACUGCCUUUGUGUCCUUAAAGAAAGGCAACAGGUAGAGAACACGCUUUUUGAACUUGUAUCCCACUAAAGCAGAUCUUUGUUCAUGUUCUAGGUUGGCCAAGAUGGCUUGCCAAGGCCAUUUGAGCUUUAAGAUUCAGUGAUUCUAUAACUGCCUUUGCCUGGGAAGGAGGUGAUUAUUUAUAUCCAUAAAUUCAAUAUCCUCCCACUUCCCUAAUGGGAAGAGAAAAGGGGCUGCCUCUGUCCUACUCUCCACACCUCUCCCAUUCAGUGCACAUGUCACUUGUCACUUCAAGGCUGCUUCCAAGAAAGAGUUGGAAGGAUUCUCCUGUUGUCUUUUUCUGUGAACUCUUGCUCUUGGCCACAUUUCCUGAGGUCUUGCAUAAUACUCUCUAAAUGGAUGAGACCACAAUAUUAAAAAUCAUUGUUAUUGUUGUUGCUGUUGUGGUUGUUGUUGUUGUUCACUUAUUCAGUCGGUCGUGUUCUUAGUGAACCCAUUUGGA